AUGGCCUCAACCUUAGAUGAGGAGCUUACGCCACAGACUUUGCACCGAAAAAGCGAAAUAGGAAUGCCAGACAGCGCCUCUGCUGUUGGCUCAGGGGCUUCCUUCCGCCAUCUGCAGCGCCAACACAUGAGCUUCGCCAAAGACCUUAAAUCGGUAUACAUCCUGCCCGCUGCAUCUGCAUCGUAUACACUCCCCUCCUGUGGAGUCAGCAGCGGAAAUAGCUUGAGUUCGACUGCUCGACUGCGGAAGAAAUGUUUUGGCGACACCGAGGCUGCUGCUGCAUUGCAGACGGCACGGCGCGUCGAAGCCCGCAGCGACUUUGCGCAACGCCAGCGCAUAAAUGCAUCAAAGCAGCAUGUUCAGCAGCCUCGCUUGCAGCAGCAUCUUCAGCACUUGCAAUCAAAGCAGCAGCAAGAACAGAAGGAGUCGCUCGAGCAAUCGCUAUCCAAGAACUCCGCAAAGAGCAACGUGCGGCUGGAUCUCGUCAUAGAGGGGCGGAGGGCCCCUGCACAGCGCCCCCCAGCAGCAGCAACAGAGAAAAAUGCUAAAAAUACGGAUGCUAAAACCCCGCGGCAUCUUGUCAAUAAAGUUCUCUCGCGAGUGCGCAGGCGUGUUGCAGCAAAGAUGAGCGCAACGCAGAGCACAGCUACCGCUAUGCUUCACGGGUGCGUCGGAGGAGCAGCAGGAGGAGCAGCACGCGAAAAGCCUCGAAAGGUCGCAGAGGCGGCACAAGGAAGCCGCCUUCUGGUAGCAGCAGCAGCGGAGGAAGGGGGAAGUCUCGCACUCGAGGCAGAAGAAGCGAUCGACGGGGUGCUCCGUCCAACGAAGGCAAACGCAGUGGAGGCAGAAGAAGAAGCCUUUCUGCUGGAAGAGGAAUCGAGUGGCGUCCUAAGCCCCUCCCCGCCACACCUGGAAACGCAUGUUUUCUCGCCCGUAAACUCCCCCGUGUUGGGUAGGAGCAGCGCAGAAUUUGCAGCUGCAGCAGCGUCGGGAUCGCUGCUAUCUGCAACGGCGGGCAGAGGCUACAAAACGCGAUCUCGUGCAUCUGCGUCCUUGAGGAGCCGCGAAGAGUUUCUCUUGCAGGCAUCGCCGGAGAAAGUUAUUGCCCGCAUCAAGCGACGUCUUGGCUUCUUAAGUACCAGCAGCUGCAGGAGUAGACGCAGUAGCGGGUCUAGCCACAGCAGCAGCUGCUGCUGCAUGUCGCGCUGCCGAACGUGCAGCAGCAGACACCGGCGCACUGCACGAGACCGUUCAGAGACAUAUACCUCCCGGGGCAGACAGCGGAGAUCGGAGCAAAUGCACAGAGAGCCUUCUCCUUCUGCUGCAGCUGAAUGCCUUGCGCUUCAACAGCAUCUGAAUCACAGUCCGACUUUAUGGACGCCGAUGACGAGGCGGCGAGGUUGCCUGACGCUCAGCGCGCUGGAAGACGCAUUCGGGGUAGACGAAGAGCAGAUCCCGCAUGCGCAGCAGCAGUUGCAGCAGUUGCAACAGUUGUCGCCAGAGGGACCUGAGGAAGCAAGAAGGCUCGAGCCACACGAUGAAUCUUUGGCUGUUUCUACAGCGCGUGAAGAGGAUGACUGGCCUUCUGUUGCUGCUCUCUCUGAAACAACUGGCGAGGCAGCAGCACCCGCAGCAGCAGCGGGUGUAAAGUCUCCUCGUCUGAGUGACAGUCUCCUUUUUCGUCUCUCCCCCGAUUCUUCCUGCUAUCCGCAGUCGCCGGAUGACUCGGCUGUGAGCCAAGCGCAGACGUCACCGCAACGUGCAGCACAGGCACCAGAUUGCGCAGCAGCUUCGAAAAAGGUGGGAAUGUCAACAGGAGCAGCACCAGCCAUGGCAAAGGAGCGAGCACGCAAAGCCGCACAGGACUGGGCCCUAUGGAGAAGGGCUGCCACAAAAGCAGCAGGCAGAACAACGCCUGCAGCGCGAGAAGGGCAUCAUGCAGCUUCCGCGGGAGAGCACCUCAAAAGGAACUGCUACACGUCUGAAACAGCCGCUGCGGCAACAACAGCUCACAGGGACGGCGAAGGCGAAGCGACAAACGGAAGACGUGGAGGGAGUGGCUAUGACAACAGCCGCGCAGCAGCAUCAGCGAUCAGCCUCCCCAGGCACAGCAGCAACGCAAGAGCAGGAGCUCCAGCAGAAAUCGAAGCGGAUGCAGCAGAUGUGGCAACAAGUGCAGCCGCAGCUGCACCACUAAGCGCACCUGUUGCAACGGAGGACGAUGCUGAAGCAGCAGAAAGUUCACUAAAAGAGAAGCCACAGCUGGACGUUCGAGCUCUAGCACACGUAGGAGGAGCAGCAGAAAUCGCCUUUCUUCCUAAGCCAGGUUCCGCAGUCUCUGCAACAAAUGGAGCUGUUUUGGCUAGCUCACCACCACGCGCAGCAUCGGGCACCUCCGAUGCUCGUGUAGCUAGCCAGCAAGUGAUGGCUGAAGCAGCAGCAGCAUCCGCCGAAGCUCUCCUCUCCAAAGGGUGUGCUGCUCCAGCAACUCGAGAUCCUGCCUGUCCAGUCUUAUCUGAACGGGCACCAGACGUUUCUGUUGAUGGAGAAGCAAACAGGUCGAUCCGAGAGCUCACGGAGAAAGAUCUCUUUUGUGCAGCCGAAGCAGCCCUCCCAGGAGAAGCGGAGGAUGGCUCAGCAGCAACGACUCGCGGCGAACGUAUGAGGUGUAAAAGCCAAGGGAGAUUGCGCCGCAGCAGGCAUCCGAUUGAUGGCAGCAACGGCAGCAGCAGAAGUUGCAGCAGGGGGAUGCAGCUGACGGCGUCCCUUCAAGAGAGGCAAGCACACAGAUAUACUAGGAAGGCAACUGCAGGUGAUCACUCGGAGGAAGAGAGCCACCAGCACUGCAGAAGGCAUUCAGAAGAGGUCUCGGCUGCGGCUGCCGCCGCUGCUGCAGGUAGGGGCGUCGGAGUGAAGCUCGACUCCACAGAGACACUUAGGCACCGCACCGUAACUGGUGAUAGCAGCAAGACGAGGAAGGGGAAACUCCGUGAAGCUGAAGAGCGCUUGAAACGAGGCAUUCGGUUGCAGCAGCGCCAUCGUCUGCUGCGCCUUCUACAGGAGCAACUAGAGGGGCAGCACGCGGUAUUCUAG